AACGUUAAUUAUCUAUUACUUUGAUGGGAUGUUGCUUAAUUUAUUUAAACUAUACGUUUCCCGCAACAAACUGACUUGCACCAUCUAGAUAAGAAUAUCUUUGGUGAUAUGGCGCGGGAGUUAGCUAGCGUGAGCGGUUAUACCAAGUUAUGAUUCGUUUGUUGGAAACUGGAUUGGUUUGGUCACAGUGAUCAAUAAACCAUGUUUGAUCCCAUGGAGAAUGACAUGCCUGACUACGACAACAUAGAAGACGAGGCGUUUCCUCCUCUUCCACCCCCUUUCUCACCAGGCGAGGGAGGAGACCCUAAUCCUAAUGGGGAUGACAGUGGUGAUGUCUCCAAGCUGGCUGAUGUCCCGGCUGCCAAGAGAAGAGGAGUGAAGAGACCCCAGCCUAAACUGGACUCACAGAGACUGAUAUCAGAACGAGGCCUUCCAGCUCUCCGCACCUUGUUUGACAACGUUCAUUUCAAAGGACAAGGACACGAGGCUGAUGACUUGCGGGUGCUGAUGCAGAAGAUGGAGAACUGGGCUCACCGGCUGUACCCCAAACUACAGUUUGAAGACUUCAUAGACAGACUGGAGACACUGGGCAGUAAAAAAGAAGUACAGACCUGUCUCAAGCGAAUACGACUGGACAUGCCGUUAACACACGAAGACUUCAUAGGGAAUGAGGAUGAGGACGGUGUGUUGGCAUCGAAGGAAGGCCGUGUCUUCAACCACGACGACCAAGACCCGUUUGGAGGUUUUCCUGACAACCCACCAGGACUGGUCCCCUCCACGCCGGCCACACCGCCCCCCUCCUCUGAGACCGGCCCGGUCCACUCCACCCCCUCUCUGACAGAAGAGCAGCGGAGACGAAUAGAGCUCAACAAACAGCUGGCCCUGGAGAGGAGGCUGGCUCGCAUGAAACACACAGACUGCACCCAGGCCCACCCGAUAACCUCCAGCCAAUCCGAUGCCCCGUCCCCCUCUCCCAGGGUUGCCUCCUCACAUCCCUCCCCCAGCCAGCCCCCCCAGGACAGGGAUGCUCGAGACCCAGAUGGAGACACCGGGGCAGGCCACCACAGCCAUAGAGCUCAGAAAACGGUUUCUCCUGUAGAGUCUGACUCCCUCUCUCCAGACUCUCUGCUGUGUGAGGGAGCAGAGAGCAGUAGCCAGAGUCACAGCGCUGUUCCUGACAUGAGCAGCCAGAGCAACCACCAGAGCCCUGGUCCUGACAUGAACAGCCAGAGCAACCAACUGAGCCCUGAUCCUGACAUGAACAGCCAGAGCAACCACCAGAGCCCUGAUCCUGACAUGAGCAGCCAGAGCAACCACCAGAGCCCUGAUCCUGACAUGAGCAGCCAGAGCAACCACCAGAGCCCUGGUCCUGACAUGAACAGCCAGAGCAACCAACUGAGCCCUGGUCCUGACAUGAGCAGCCAGAGCAACCACCAGAGCCCUGGUCCUGACAUGAGCAGCCAGAGCAACCACCAGAGCCCUGGUCCUGACAUGAACAGCCAGAGCAACCAACUGAGCCCUGGUCCUGACAUGAGCAGCCAGAGCAACCACCAGAGCCCUGGUCCUGACAUGAGCAGCCAGAGCAACCAACUGAGCCCUGGUCCUGACAUGAGCAGCCAGAGCACCCAACUGAGCCCUGGUCCUGACAUGAACAACAGCAGGGACUGAGAAAUGUGUAUGCCAACAAGUGCCUUCCCAUCCUUUGUUCAAUACGUUUACCAGUCGAAAAUUAAAUGUUCUCCUUUAGCCAAAGUUGACUUAUGACAUCGUCCUUACGCUGAGUUUAUAUAUUGUUGAUCCUCUGUUUCUAUUUCAAGCAGAACCCCUUCACAUCAACAAAAGGCCGCCUAAAAUGUACCAUUCUAAUGGAACAUUUUGAUUGUCAUGUGAAAGGGCCAUUUUUGUUACCGUAUUUCCAUUUCCCCUUCAUGUUCGUCGAUCACUGAUAGUUUCAUUUUACGGCACUUUUGCUUGCCUAUAAGAUUUCAGUUCCACAGGAACAAUGGGGAUAAAGCUGAGGGGGUUGGUGGGAGAUCUAGAUCACACUGACAUGCAUGGACAAACCUUGUGUGUCUGUAGUCAGCCUGGUGUGUUGUUCAGGGUCUUGGCUUGUUCAGCUGUGUCAAGAUCACUGUAAUCAUGUCCAUCGUCAUUAAUGUGAAGUCUCCUAAAUAAAGUCUUUACCUGUUUCAUU